UGGUCAUUUCAGCUGAUUAAAUUUUUAAUUUGCUUUAAAUGUUGUUCACUCUUGUCAUUUCAUAGUUAAUUUUUAUUUAAUUCAGUUGGCUGACAUCUGCUGAUUAUUUUUCCACCAUGAAAGUCAAUCUUAGUUUUAUCAUGUCAUCCUUGUUUGUAUUGUUACUUAUUGUAACUUUGUCACAAUCAACUAGUAAAUAUUCACGGGAACUUAAUGAAGAAGUGUCACUGUCUAAUGAUAAUAUCGAUAAACCAUUUAGGAUGUACAAAUUGAAUCAACUAUGGGAGAAAGCAAGCAAGAGGUUAACUGGUCAAAAAUUAAAAAACUUAAUGACUGAUUUAAAAGAUCAUGAUAAACAGGAAAUAAAUCUCAAAAGGCUUAGGACUGAAGGUGCUGAUAAGGAUGGUAUGAAAGAAGCUGCUGUCCGACGAAAUUUAAAAAUAAUCUUGAAAAAGUAUAGUCUUGAAGGUGACAUUUUAAAUUCUGAAAAUGGCAACUCUGUUGGAGAUUUCAAGACUUUUGAGAAAUCAAUAUUCCGUGAUAAAAAGCUGGAUAAGCUGUGGCAAAAAGCAAUGGACACGGGUUUCGAUGAAGAACAACUGAAACUUUUGAAAGAAGAGUUUCUACAUCACCAAGAUAAAAUUGAUGAAUACCACAGAUUAAUUACUGAACAUGAGAUUGCCUCAAUCGAUACCAAAAAAGAUGAGCUUGAUAACCAUCUAAUCAGUUUUGAAACCACAGAAAAAAAGACAAACAUUACCACAGGAUCCAUGCAUCAAGCCUUAGAAGAUAAACAUUUUGAACUGAAACGAAAUUAUGAAGAUUUAAAGACUAAAGUGAAAGAUCGCACCAUUAGACCGAAAGGUAAAGAAUUUGAAGAAGCGAAUGUCCAAAAAUUAUGGAAUCUAGCUCUUGCCGGAGAUUUCACUCGAGACGAGCUUGAAUCAUUAAGAGACGAAUUAACUCAUUACCAAACUCGAAUUAAAAAGCUGCAUUUCUUUGAGGAACAGUUGAAUAAUGAACGUCUUACGGGUAAAGAUACUGUCAACCAACCUGAUGAUGUUAAAGUCUCAAGUCAUAUCGAGAGAAAAGUAAAAGAACUGAACUACAAAGUGGAUAAAGUCCACAACGAACUAGAAAAACGAAUCCUUAAACGUCAUGUUGAACUAUAAUCAUAUUUAUUUUUGAUAAACUAAUAUUUCCUAUUCCUCAUAAGGAUGUACAAAUUUUCCGGAUUUGCAAUCAAACCAAUUUUUAAAAAUAAAUCUUUUUCAGAGUAAUCUGUGAUAA